AUGACGCACCCAUCGUCAUCCUCCUGCAGUAGCAGGCUCAGCCUCAGCCUCUGCGUGCUGCUCCUGCUCUCUGCAAUCCUCUCCGCCGGCGCCGCCGACCCUGACAUCCUCACCGACUUUGUCGUGCCCAGCGACACCGACCCGUCCGGUAUCGACGGCGCCUUCUUCACCUACAAGAACCUCGUCACCGGCAACUCCGCCGACCCGGCGAAGCUCACCGUCACCAAGGCCACGCAGGCCGAGUUCCCGGCGCUGCUCGGCCAGUCCGUCUCCUACGCCGCCCUCGUCUACGGCGCCGGCGCCGCCAACCCGCCGCACAUCCACCCGAGGGCGUCCGAGCUGCUCCUCGUCGUGCAGGGCCCUCUGGUGGUGGGGCUCGUCGACGCCGCCGCGCGCAACGGCACCGUGUACACGCAGACGCUGGAGACCGGCGACAUGUUCGUGUUCCCCAAGGGCAUGGUGCACUUCCAGUUCAACAACGGCAGCGACGUCGCCCGUGCCUUCUCCGCCUUCGGCAGCGCCAGCCCCGGCACCAUCUCGCUCCCCGCCGCCCUCUUCGCCUCCGGCAUCGACGACGCCGUCCUCGAGAAGUCGCUGCACGCCAACCAGACCAUCGUCGACGACCUCAAGCAGGACAACGCGCCUCCUCCAGCUCCGGGGCCCUCGCCGUCCACCAACACCGCCACCGCCGCGCUGCUGCCGUCGCGCUGGGCGCUCACGCUGCUUUGCUUCGCAGCCUCCUACUUCUACUCCUUGUAA